CGGGCACCUUUUGCAGCUAUGUAGCUACUCGCUAACUGUCAAUUCAUAGCCCAUAUCCAUACCUGUUCAUCCCAUGGUGUUCAAGCGCACCCCAGGCGUCUCGCUUCCCAAUAAUAUAUCUACUGUAGAAGUCUUUUCUCAUAUUCGAUACCAGAACCUGUCUGCUGGCCAGCAACUCUCUUCACGACGUCACGCUACAACGAACCCACGAUAGAUUAAUCUGCCCACUAUGAAUUACCACAGACCACCCCAGCAGGAUUCGUGGUUCGCGCCGCUCUCGAUCGAUCUCUUUCUCAAAGUCUUGAACAUCACGCUCUUCCAUCCGUUCAUAGCAUGGCUACUCCCACUAUGUCUUCGCGCUCGCCAUAUGGAAUACGAAGCGGCGCCCAUGCGGACCACAAUAGGAUGGGCGGUGUUAGUGACAUUCCUCUGGCUCCUCAAUAAGUUUAGUCACAAGCUUGCCUAUGGCAUGCACCGCGAGGUUGACUUGAGCGAGGAAGUAAUAGUAAUCACGGGCGGUGCCAGCGGGCUGGGCUUGCUCAUUGCUGAGGUAUAUGGCAUGCGCGGCGCCACGGUUGCUGUGCUCGACAAGGCCGAACUGGAGAGCACAGAUGUGAGGGGCAUAACCUACUACAAGUGCGAUGUCACGGACAAGAACCAGAUUGCACAGGUGCGCAAGGAUAUCGAGCGCGAUCUUGGUCUACCGACCGUGUUGAUCAACAAUGCCGCUGUGGUAGUCGGCAAGAAGCUUCUGGAUAUGGAUGUUGACGAGGUCGAGCGCAGCCUGAAGACGAAUCUCUUCAGCCACUUCUACACUAUCAAAGAGUUCCUUCCCGGAAUGCUUCGUAGCGAAGUGGGAGGCACUAUUGUCACUGUUUCAAGUGUUCUUGGUCAUCUAGGUGCUGCUCAACUUAGCGACUAUGCCGCUGCAAAGGCCGGUGUCACCGCUUUACACAAGUCACUAGCUGCAGAGCUGAGAGAGUAUUCCGAGAUCAAGACCAUUCUCGUGACACCUGGACAGCUUAGCACGCCACUUUUCUAUGGUGUACAAUCCCCCAACUCGUUCAUCGCGCCAACCGUGGAGCCCGUUGAUGUAGCGAAAGAAGUCAUCGCUGCCAUCGAUUUGGGAGUAAGCGACCACAUCAGUGCACCUCUUUACGCUCGGUGGAUUGAUUGGUAUAAUGUCCUGCCGGUCGGCUUGCAGAGAAUCGCGCGGAACUUGUCGGGUAUCGAUAGGAGCAUGCAGACAUUCAUCGGGAGGAAGGGCAAUGAGCUCAGUGAGAAAAAUGGAGCAGCUAGGUGAUUACUGUCAAAAUUACGAAGCAUAAUGCUGAGCGUCACCUGGCUGAAGCGCAUGCCCUUGUGAGCCGAUAAGCAGCGAGCUGCCGCCCGCGAUUUGGAGUUUAUAUUCACGCCAUCCUCUUCAAGUCCCUAAGAUAUAAGUUGAUCAUGUGACGAAAUACACGGGCUGAAUAUAGAUCUGUACAUAGUAUGGCUAGCUGAUUAGGAACGACCAUUUCAUUAGCAGGCCCAAUUUGUCGAUGCUUGCGAACCGCCUUAUCGAAGGGGAUCCCUCCCUGCAUGCAUGUGCAUUAGCCGCAGUGAUUGUCCUCAAAUAAGGUCAAUAAGGCUGACUCUCCUCUUACAUAGUACUCGAGGGGAUAAUACCGUUUCAAGACAACAUAACGUUAGGGCCGCCACCAUGCAGCCACCCUCUAGAGAUAGUAGC